GCACAGCCCGCCAGGAGAUUCUUGCUGCAUCACGGGUGGACUGCGAGCGACAGAAGUUCAGUGCCCUCAGAAGUCAUGUCGAACGAAACGACUCUGACAUCGCCCAAACCCGCUGCUUCGGCAGCCGCAGGUCCAAGCCUGGCUGCACAGGCCUUGCCGGUCACUGCAGCAGCGGCAAAGCAGGCUGCAAAGGAGGCCAAGGCAACCAGGAGAGCGCAGGCCAAGCAACAACAAGCUGGUGCAUCUGGGGUGGCAGCGAUUGUGCCAAAGACGGCUGCGACUGCCGCCGCAACAGCGCCGCAACAACCAGCACCGCGAUUCAAGCCCGACGGUACGCCUAUACUGAGUCGAGCAGAGCGAAAAGCCAAGGCAGGUUCCGAUCUUAAUGCAUCAUCUGCAACGUCCAGAAGUGGUCCAUCGGGGCAGGCGCACGCAGCUGGUCAAGUUUCGGUUACUGCUUCAGGCUCUUCGAAACAAACUCGUCAGCAGCAGCAGCAGCAUCCGCACGGCAAGGCUCACGCACAUGGGCAAGCCUCAUCAUCCCAUCCCUACCCAUUAGCAUCCAUCGCAUCGACGUUGUUCGGAAAUGUGCACAUGCCGCCUUCUCGCUCAUUACUCUCUGCAUCUCUCACCCAGUCGCUCCAUCGCCGGACGAUCCACCCGUCCGUUCUUCUCCUCGGCACACUGCUCUCAACGUACCAGCUGACGGGGGCCAAUGCGCGCGCCAUGGCCGUCCUCCUCGCGCUGCGCGACUUUGUUUCAGAUUACAAGACGCCAGACGGGGCUACAUUGACGCGUGACUUGGUCACGAGGCUGAGCAGUCAGAUCGCUUUUCUCAAGGAAGCCAGGCCACUGGGCACGAGCGUUGGCCACGCUAUUCGGUACCUUAAAUACGAGAUCAGUGUCACGGAUAAGGACUGGGACGAGUCUACAGCAAAAGCGCAUCUGCUCUCUCGCAUCGAUCACUUUAUCCGCGAUCGCAUCACCUAUGCAGGGCGCGUGAUCCAAUCGCAUAUCGGAUCCAAAAUCCGCCCAGGCAUGACAGUCCUUACCUACGGCCGCUCGUCGAUUGUGGAAUCUACCUUGCUCUUUCUACGUCGCUCUGGGACCAGCUUCAACGCGAUCGUUAUCGAUAGCGGGCGACCGCUAAACGAGGGGCAAGCAAUGCUCGCCACACUCUCCACAGCGGGGAUAGGCAAAGGCGGCGAGAGCGGAAGUCUGACAUUCGGACCACUGUCGGCGCUCUCAACUCUCAUGCCGCGCGCCGACCUCGUCCUGCUGGGCACAGCCUCGUUGCUCUCGAACGGUGCGCUGUAUGCGCGAGCGGGGACCAGCUUAGUCGCCAUGACGGCCAACGAGCUCGGAAAGCCCGUCAUCGCCGCAUGCGAGACGUACAAAUUCAGCGAUCGUAUACAGCUCGAUGCAUUCGCAGGCAACGAGGCGGGUGGAGCAGCCGAUUUGCUUGCCGACGACUCAGCGGCUGGCAGCAGCGAUGAUCACGGUCUCAACUCUGCACUAGUGGCAUCAGCCGAGGCCGACACUGUUGGUACAGGCAGCCAAGGUCUAUCAAAAGGCGCGGCUCUCAACCUGGCAACGACGGCCGGCCCGUUGACGAUCGGUCAAGCAAACAAGCUACGAGGGAGUCUACAAGCCGUAAAUCUACUCUACGACAUUACCCCGCCGCGUUUCGUCACCGCUGUUGCGAGUGAAGUGGGAUUGAGCGGGCCAGAGAGCGUCGGCGUCAUUCUCAGAGACUAUAAGAGCGUGCUUUUCGGAGUCUGAAGUUUUGUGGUAACUAGGACUUAGAUCUUGCGCACACUCUGAAGAGAAAUACUGCAUCCGCAUUGAAUCAGCUUUGGCACACACAGACAUUAUUCAAACACAAUGUUGCAUAACGAUGUCGUGAACGAUGGGCCCUGCUGCAAUGAUUGCGCGGGCCACAUGCGAAGUACAUAAUACAAUGAAGGUAGUGAAAGUGAUCAAAUG